CCAGAAAGUUCGCGGCGGCGCCUAUAAAAGCGCCGCAGCCGCCGCGCCAGGAUCGAGAGAAUCGCGACCGGUGGAGCCGCGCGUCGCCCGGGCGGGCUAAGUAAGGCAACCAUGGUGAAGGAAACCGGUUAUUACGACACUCUGGGAGUGAAACCCAACGCCACCUCCGAUGAAAUUAAGCGUGCCUACCGCAAGUUAGCAUUGAAGUACCAUCCUGACAAGAACCCCAGCGAGGGCGAGCGGUUUAAGCUCAUUUCCCAGGCCUACGAGGUCCUGUCGGAUCCGAAGAGGCGAGAUCUCUAUGACCAAGGUGGCGAACAAGCCAUUAAGGAAGGCAGCGUGAGCGGCGGCAAUUUCUCUUCGCCCAUGGACAUCUUCGACAUGUUCUUUGGCGGCGCUGGCCGGAUGAAUCGAGAAAGGAGAGGUAAGAAUGUGGUCCAUCAGUUGAGCAUCACUCUGGAAGACUUGUACAUGGGAGCCACAAGGAAACUGGCCCUUCAGAAGAACGUUAUCUGUGACAAGUGCAAAGGUUACGGUGGGAAAAAGGGGGCCGUAGAAAAAUGCCCCACCUGCAAAGGGCGAGGCGUUCAGGUGUUGGUCCAGCAGAUUGGGCCCGGCAUGGUGCAACAGAUCCAGACCGUGUGUCCGGACUGCAAAGGCCAAGGGGAACGGAUAAACCCCAAGGACAGGUGUACCAACUGCAGCGGCAACAAGGUGGUUAGAGAGAAGAAAAUCAUCGAAAUCCACAUCGAUAAAGGUAUGAAAGAUGGCCAGAAACUUGUCUUUCACGGAGAAGGUGAUCAGGAACCUGACCUAGAACCGGGAGACGUCAUUAUUGUCCUGGAUCAGAAAGACCACUCUGUAUAUCAGAGGAGAGGCAACGACCUAGUGAUGAAAAUGAAAAUCCAGCUGACGGAGGCCUUGUGCGGCUUCAAGAAGACCGUGGAGACGCUGGAUGACAGGGUCCUUUUAAUAUCCUCCAAACCAGGUGGGCUCGGCCCCUUCGUUGGGCUGCGUUUGUGCGUAAAUGUUGAGCUGCAUUUACGUUUUAGACCCGGUGUAACCCUGGCUCUUCCAACAGGUGAAGUGAUCAAGCACGGAGACAUUAAGAGCAUCGUAAACGAAGGGAUGCCGAUUUAUAAAUCUCCCUUGGAAAAAGGUUCUUUAAUCAUCCAGUUUCUGGUUGCCUUCCCCGAGCAUCACUGGCUUUCCAACGAUCAGCUCCCUCUCUUAGAAGCUCUGCUGCCUCCCCGGGAGGAAGUGAUGGUUUCCGAAGACAUGGAUCAAGUCGACCUGGUCGAAUUCGACCCCAAAGAACGAACUUACCGAAACCACGGUGAAGCCUACGAAGAGGACGAGGAAGGCCCGAGGACGGGGGUCCAGUGCCAGACCUCGUGAACCAAGCGGGGUCUGGGCGCAUGGACUGAAUGCGAGGAACCAUCGCCGGGCUCCCGUUUAUCAAGUUCGGCACGACGAACAGCUGUAUAUUAGUUCUGUUUCAUAUUUAUGUGUUCGUGUUGUUAAAAAAAAGAAAGAAAUGGAUCUGUGUAACUUGAAACACCGAAUGUGCUGUUGCUGUUUGAUAUAAAUAAGCCUUCCUUCCCCCCCCCCUCCCCAAUUUAACCCUAACUGUCCCAAUCCUGUGGUUUUUCUGGCUCUCCAGGGCUACGAAGAAUGUUGGCAGGGGAUUAUUAAACCAGAAGUGAGCGUUUUUGAGAAACGUGCAUGUCAAGGUUUCCCCAGCGGUGGUUAAAACUUGAAACGUUGCCACUUCACCUUAACAAGACGGUCUCCACAUCCUAGAUUAUUUAAUAGGUAUUUUAUCAAAUAAAAUAUCAGGACCAUU